AUGGCUGUAAACUGUUGUCGCAUUGCUCAAUUUUUUUUGGCUGCGAUAACUCUUUUUUUGGCUUUAUCUGCUGCACACGUACUGCAUGACGCCAUAGACAAUGGUGCGCCUUCGAACGCCCCUUUUGUGAUCUACACUGAUGAUCAAGGACAGUUACUGGACACCCUCCCGGUGUGCCAAGAUUUUAAUCGUGGUUUAUGCAACCGGCCUGCUUGCAGAUUUGUACAUCUUCAGGAAGGAGAGGGUGUGGAAGUCAUUGACCAGCGUGUCGCUGUAUGCCGUGACGCUGCCAAGGGACAGUGCUGUCGGUCCGCCUGUAAAUACUAUCACAUCCCCAUAGCGCUGCCACCUGCACCAGUCAUGGCCGCACUGGCCUCUUACCUGCAGCACUAA